AUGCGAGCUGCUGCCCGGCUCCUAACGCCCGGAGCUCGCAACGACCUCAAUCUGAGAAAAACCUUGGCGCCUGGCACUUGGAUUGGACUCCUGACACAUUGGCGCAGCCGCUCCUGGUGUAGACAGGGGACAGAACCCCCCGCCCAGUUGCAAAGGAGGCGCGCUCCAGGGCCAGUGGUGCACGGGAUACCACGCUGCAGCCUGGUCCUUGGACAACCCCCGACAUGUGCGAGGUUUCCCAGACGGAGAGAAGACUCUGCUGAGAGGCGAUCGAAGCUGAGACCGCAGACGAGGCUCCAGGUGCGCAGGCAGAGGAGAGGCGCGCGCCCUGGGAAAAGCGGCCUCUGCGGGCCGGGCUGGCGGCAGCCCUGGAGCCGGCAGUUUCCAGACCCGAAAGGCGAAGGAGCCUCGUCCCCGGUCCCCGAGGACUGCGUGACUGUGAGUGCGGUGGCGGUUUCCCGGAGCUCCAGGCACCGCGCCGCCUCCUUGCUGGGGGCCCCAGCGUCCGCCGGCACCGCACCGUUGGCAUCCUUUCCUGCGCAAGGCUGCAGGAGGACGGGACUCAGAAGGGACUCUUCCGGGCUCCCCAGAAUUUCCCCCAGGUCUCAAGAACUUCUACGUGGACUGUGCUCCCAGUGUUCAUCCCAGGCUAACUGGACCUUGUCUGGUGCUCAGGCCAUCAGAACUGCCACCUCAAGGAAUCCCCACUCUGAGAGCGUACUUGGGUUCACUGAGAUACAGCUUGGACCCUAUGUAAGACUAGACAUGGAGGAGCAUGAGCAGGGAAGAGCGUUAGCGGGAGGAGCAGAGGGAGAGAGAGAGAGCAGAGAAUCUUGAGAAGACUCUAUGCUGAAUGUGGAACCCAGUGCAGGGCUUGAUCCUACCGCCCCGAGAUCAUGACCUAAGCCGAAGCCAAGAGUUUAAUGCUUGACCUACCGCACACUCAGGUACCUCCACAUUUUAAAAAGUAGAAAAUAAAAGGGUAGAAUUAAUUUUAAGAAUAGAUUUUAUUUAAACAGAUAUAUCUAGAAUUAUCAAUAUUUCAACAUUAACCAAUAACAAAUAGUGAUGAGCUACUUUACCUUUUGUAUUAAAUGUAAAUGUACUUUGCAUUUUUGUAUUAAAUGUUUGAAAUCUGGAGAGGAGCCUGAUGCCGAUGACAUGUUUUUGUUCUUUCAGUCUUGUCAUGGGAUAGGCCAAGAAGGCAUUAAAAGUGAUUUUGACAAGGGCCAAAAAAAAAUGCAAAAAAUUGAAUGUUCCGGGAAUCAAACACUUAUGCC